AUGAAACAGGAAAAAAUAUUGGAGCUUUCUACCGUCACAGCUUUAGCAUUAUUACAGUCAGGAAAUCACGCUCAUGCCUUGCUCGCAGCUCAACAGUUUCUCGUCCUAGCGGGCGACAUUUACGGAGUGAACGAUUUGCGAUUAAUACCAGCGUACACUCUUUUGGCGGAAAUCUGCAUCGGACUUAACAAACACCGUGAAGCGGACCAGCACCUGCAAAAAGCGAACUGGGUUAUCAAACGUAAUCAAGAAGAUGAGACAAUUAACCAAGUCUUUUCUCGGCUUUACCGGGCCAUGGGAUUGCUUGAAGCAGCCAAGGGAAAUACUGAAGAUGCAUCAAGACUAUUCGCAGAACAAGUAUUUUACGCUUCGCUGUGGGCUGGAACAGAAUCAAUCGGCGCCGCUUGUGGAUAUUUCAACUUGGCGAAUAUGGCCGCCCGAAAUCCAGGAAUGAUGCAAGUUGCGAUUAGUUUCUACGAGAGGACGCUCGACUGCUGGCUUCAACUUUUGGCAGAUGAGAAUUUGGAUAUUCCGGUGUUAGAAAAGGGCGAGACUUUUAACAUGCUCAAGGCGAUUGCAGAAACGAUGGAAUCAAUCUCAGCCGAGUCUCAGAGCACCGCAAAAGCACUCACAACCCUGGCUUGGUUUAGCGAACGAAUCGGUGAACCGAACGACUCGAUCAAGACUCGCGCAACAGAACUUGUGCAGAAACUAAAGCUAUCCAACUGUAAUAUUCUUCAAUAUGUUUCAUAA